CUCUCCACCUCCCCCCCCCCCCCACUCUCCAAUGGCUUCCCUCUGCGCCAGAGCUAAACCCAAGCCUAAAUUUUUCUUUCUGAAGUGGUGGGUCGGUGUUUCCAUUUUCUGGGUUUCUCUCUUUUCAACUUUUUGAUCAGUGGAGAUAGAAUAGAUCGAUUAAUACCAAACCAAAUUAUUUGUUUGUGUAAGUUCUGGGGCUUCUCUUUUUUUUUUUGCCCCAUUCUUUUUAUUUUAUGGUUAUUUUUUGAGCUUUCAAAAGUUCGUGUUUCUCUGAUUCAGAAAAAGAUUUUUUUUUUUUUUAAAAUUUUGAGUGUUUGAUCUAUACAAGCAAAAGUUGAGCUCAGUGAUUCCAAUUUUGGAGGGUACUCCGAAGAAAGUUGCAAUCUUGGCUGCGAAUUUUCUUCUGGUUUUAUGUAAAUUGAGAGAGCAGAUUUUGUGAAGGGAAAACAAUUUUUUUUGGUGGGCAUACAUACCUUGACAGGUUGUUGUUUCAAAGUGAAGGUCUCUUCUUGAAGAUCAGAUUGACCAAAAGUUGGAUAUAUAUUGGUUUUUUAGUUAAAGAAAGAAUCAUAAGGCUGAGAGAUCCUGGCUGGAAAGAUAAAAGCAAAGUUUUAUUCCUUGCAUGCCAUGAUUCAUAUAACCAAAUUGUUCUGAAACUUCGCAUUCCAUUUGUUCUUUUGGGUAUGAUUAGUCAAUAAACAUCAUAACACCACAGAAACAAUUUCCAACAAUGGCCAAGAAAUCACAAAGGCGAUUACGUUAUGAGAAGGGCCACAUAGGUUGUAUGUGGGGUUUCAUUAGCAUCUUUGACUUCCGACGCGGCGUAUCCACCAAAAAACUGCUUGCAGAUAGAAGGCAGCCUGACAGACAAGUUGGUGCAUCUUCAAGUUCAAAGCUCAUUAUUCCAGAUCACGGUGAGAAUAGUAUGAGAGUUGAGGACACGAAAGAAAGAGAGGUAGCAUCACGUGAUGAAGUUAAAACAAGGGCAAAGGAACUAAUGGAGAACGAUACGCCAGCCCCCAAGAAUCAAAGUGUUGACGGCGACACUGAACUUGAGCCACAACCAUUUGGAACUAGCCAUAGAACACAGUCCCGUAAAAAGACACAUGAAACUUACAAGCGGUCCAAAAAAUUGUCUCUAUCUGAUUUGGAUGACUAUGUCACGGGAGAGGCGAUAUCCGGAUUAUCUUCUCGUUACAAAGUUUGUAGCUCUGAUGACUUGAACUGUUCAAAGGAAGAACAGCUGAGUUAUGCAAUGAAGGUGUUUAUAAAUCAUAAACUCAAGAACAGCAAUAAGCUCUUAAGAGAAGAAGGUGAGAUUAGUGAAGACUCCAAAGAGUUGACAGAUGCACUUGAGACCUUACGUGCUAACACAGAACUGUUCCAUAGACUUUUACAAGACCCAAAUUCUAAUUUGGUAAAGCAUAUUGAAAGUCUGAAUGAUGGGUUAGAAAAAGUGGCUGAUGAGAUCAUUGAGCGCAAUCAACAACCACCCAAAUUUACACCGAGGAGAAGAAGCAAAUCGCAAGGAAGCUCCCAGCCUUCAAACAAAAUUGUAAUUCUGAAACCCGGCCCGGUUCGCUUACCAGUUCACAAUAAGGUUCAGAGUGAGAGAAACAUGUCCCUCUUCUCAUUCACUGAAAUUAGAAGAAAGCUUAAGCACGUUAUGGGGAAGGACCGGGAAGCAACAUCUCCAGAGAUUAAAAAGAGUGUUAAUAGCGAGAAAGGGGUUAGUGGAGAGAAUGUGGGAUGGAGUUCUCCAAAUCGAAACCAUUUUUACACAGAGAGAUUCGCCAAGAAAAGGGUACCAAACAUAUAUCUUGAGGCAAAGAAACAUAUAUUUGAGAUGCUGGAAAGUGGCGAGGAAAAGGAAGGGUCAUCAAUGAGUGGGAAUUUGUCCAAAUCUCUAGGGAAGAUUCUCUCUCUUCCUUCCGAUUAUUACGUUUCUUCAAGGAGCAGUUCCGGCAACAGUUUUAGCAGCGAAGAUCAAAUCUCUUCUUCACAGAGGAGAGUGGAAGCAGAUGUCCCUUCACUUGGACAAGUGGCUGUUGAAGAUAGUGAAGAACAGUCUCAGAGUAGAUGCCACAAGAAUGAAAGAGUAUCAAAUGCUUCCCUUGAUUUAUGUAGCUCUUCAAUUACUGUAAAUACGGACAAUGCUUAUGUUACAGUGUCAUUCUUUGAUGAGAGCUCUGAACUGACAUCUGAAUGUUUAAAAACAGAAUCACAAGGCACAGAACAAAAUCUGUCUUCUCCUCCAGAUUCCUCUGCAAACUCACUUGAAACUUGUAAAGCUGGUCCUGAUUGUGUGGUGGACAAAACAGAGCGGCCUAGUCCCAUAUCUGUUCUUGAUGCAUUAUGUAUGGAUGAUGAUAUCAGUCCAGCAAGCACUUCAUGUCGAUCAGCUGAACCUGAUAUUCAACCACGGAAGAUCCAAUUUGAGGAGGAAUCAGAAGCAGCAGCAGCUCAAUCAACUCCUAAUCAACAGGCGCUAAGGACUUGUUUGGAAAGCGAGGAAACUGCGUUUGAAUAUGUAGAGGCUGUGCUGCUAGGUUCAGACCUGAACUGGGACGAAUACCUCUCGCGGUGGCUUUUCUCAGACCAGAUUCUAGACCUGUCAUUGUUUGAUGAAGUAGAGCUGUUCUCCAACCGUUCUUGCCACGACCAAAGACUCCUUUUUGAUUGCACCAAUGAGGUCCUCAAGGAGGUGAUCGACUUCCAUUUCCCAAUUGUCAAACAGAACAUCAGGCCCAUCCCCAAGGGGAUGGACCUUAUCCACCGGGUUUGGGCUGGGGUCGAGUGGCAUCUUCUAAAGCAUUCCCCGAGCCGUUCUCUGGACCAGUUAAUCAAGAAACAGAUGGAGAAGCCUGGGGCAUGGCUGGAUCUCCAUUCUGAAAUUGGAAUUAUUGGUUUUGUGAUAGAAUCAGCUGUUCUUGAAGAACUGUUAGAUGAAAUUUUUUAUGAGUUGAUUUAGUUUUUUUUUUAAUAAAUUUUUUUUCCACUUGUUGAAAGGUUUCUCUUCAAUGUAAAUUCUUGUGUGCUUCAUCUCUUGGUGCCAAUGUGUAAUACUUUUUUUUGUUGGGCAAGUAGUGUUUAUGUGGUUGGGGCUUUUGGGUUCAGUCCUUUUUUUUCUUUUUUAAUUUGACUGUUUUUACUUGUGUGAUUACAUAAUUGUUGUAAGUUGUAACUUAAGAAGACAGAAAUGACAAUAAUCUUGAACUUAUUUGCUUGAGCUUGCAUUGUCUUUGAUCAAGUUUUUUUUUUUUUGGAGUUCUUUGACACAAAGGAGUAAGGACCGAUGUCAUAAUAUGACAUGAGCCGUGCUAGGGUAUACUCCUUCGUGUCAGAUAGAUCGAUCGGUUGCUGUAGAGACCAGAGCUUCAAGACCCGUCUUUCAGUUCCCUGCGAUUUUGAGAACGUCGGAUUCGAAGACCGGCGAAAGACGGAGUGAAGAAGACCGGAGAAAGACGGAGAAUAACGACUCACAAGCUUGAAUUGUGCAAUUCCAGAUUUCCAGCUUGACUUGCACACUUUUCUUUGGUGCUCUGAUGCUGGUGGCAGCAUGCAGAUAGUAGUUCGGAGAGAUGCAAAGGUAUCAUGCUAACAGCUGCGCUGGUGCAGUAAAUAGUAAUAGCACGUUUGGUGGAGCAGCUGGAAGGGAUAUCUCCAGAGCUGAAGCUAAUACAUUAGCACCUAACUUCUCCAGGCGAGCAUUGCAACUGACAGCGUUCAAAUUGAAGUGCAAUAAAGAACCACUAAAUUC